GAGAAAUUUGAUUUUUGCGUUUUUAUAAAUAUUUUGACCCUAUUUUUAUUUCUGUAAACUUGCAGGUGCUUGAUGGCUGUGAACAAAAGCAAUAUGAAGGGCAGGGUUACAGUGUACUCUGUGCUAGGCUGUCCACACUGCACACAGGCAAAAGACACUUUGAGGAAUUUAGGUCUGCCUGUGUGUAAUGUGGAUAUAAACAAGCAUAGAGAUUUACAAACUCAAGUAAAGGGACUUACAGGCCACAGUUCUGUACCGCAGAUUUUCUUCAAUAAUGUGUAUGUUGGAAACAACGAGGACCUCCAGAACCUUGAUCAUGAGCAGCUGGAACACCUUAUGCUAUUGGUACGAGAAGAACCUGUGCCCCCGGACGCUCCACCUGUCCCACAUGAAAACAGCCCUGACCCUGAAGAUGAGCUUGGUAAAGCAUCCGACAUAUCCGAGGCCAUGAGGAAACUGAUCCUGAAACUGUACUCCCAUCACCUCUCUAAAGAUGGCAAGACGGUUGAUUACAAGGCCAUGUGUCAGAGCCCGUACUAUGAGCGGUACUGUGAGCUAGCUGUCCAACUGCAGCGUGUUGAACUGCAGUCCCUGAGUCAUGAAGAAAAACUGGCCUUCUUCAUCAACAUCUAUAAUGCUCUCGUCAUUCACGGAAAUCUGCGCCUCGGCUUUCCUAAAACCUUUUGGCAAAGGUAUCGGUUCUUCAACUAUGUAAGCUACCUCAUUGGUGGAGAAGUGUUCACACUGCAGGAUAUUGAAAACGGAGUGCUUCGAGGGAAUCGAAAGGGCGUGGCACAACUCUUAAAGCCCUUUUCAAAGAACGACCCACGACUGCAGGUGGCGCUUUCUGAUGUUGAGCCUCUUGUUCAUUUUGCACUGAACUGUGGUGCAAAGGGCUGCCCUCCAAUUAAAACUUACACACCACAGAACAUCGAUAAUCAGUUGCAUGUCGCCGCCGAAGCGUUUCUGGAAAAUGAUGACGGCUGCAUUAUCGACGACGUGAGAAGAGAGGUGAAACUCAGCCAGAUCUUUAAGUGGUACAAGGCAGACUUUGGAGCUACUAAAUUGGGUGUUUGAUCAUAUGGAGCCAUCACAGAAGAAGUGGAGUCUAAAAGCCCUACUGACUGCAGGAAAUGUCAAAGUGAGCUAUCUGCCCUAUGACUGGUCUAUAAACAGCACAGACUGAGUUAAACCACAUUGUCACGCACACGAUCCACACAUUGUGGGCAUCGUGUUUUAUUGAACGCAUGCAGCAGACUGUGAAGAGACUGAUAUGACGUAACUAUGCACUUUCUUUCCCUUUUCCUUCCACCUUUUAAAGGGCAACGUGAUAAUGUGACAUAAUAUUUCUAACACAGUUUUCUACCUGUAAUUUUCCCAAUUGUAUUAAAUUGUUUGCACUAAUUAUUAUGCAAAGGCAAUUGUCUGAAAUGUAUCAAUGAUGUCUUUACUGUAUAAAAGUAUAUUAUUUAAUUUUCAUAUUUAUAAAAUCUAUGUAUAUUUAUUUCUUAGAGAGUUUUGAAUGCAGAGUUUAUGAACUUCCAAAAAUUGCACAUUGCUUGAUGAUCUUGAACACAAAAGCAUGUCUUUUAUGUAAGGGUAAGUGUUAGGGUUACGUUGGGUUGUUUUAACCCAUGCUUGGGUAAAUAUUGGACAGAACCAACCGUUGGAUUUUAAAUAAACCUAUGCAGGGGUGUUUCAACCCAAAUGUU